AUGGGUCCCAUCAGCCGCGGCCUGGCACGAGCUCUGCUCGGCGCUUUGAUGCUAGAGCCAGUUCUUGGAAUGCCAAAUUUGUCCCAGAUAUUUGGACGAGACACCGCAUCGACAACCACCACAGCGGCCGACGCAGCAACCACCUGUAACGGCCGUACGGAGUACUGCACGCGCUCCUACUCAAACAUUACAUUCAUAGGCUCGCAUGACUCUGCCUUCGUCGGAUCUCUUCCGCAACAGAACCAGAAUAUUGAUAUCACCGCACAGCUAGACAUGGGCAUCCGGUAUUUGCAGGCGCAAACACACAAAUCACUGCUCGACGACAAGGUCAUCGAACUCUGCCACACGUCUUGUCUGCUCGAGGACGCAGGGACGCUUAAAGCAUACCUGACCACUAUCAAGGGCUGGCUAGAUGACAACCCCAAUGAAGUGGUGACAGUUCUUUUGACGAACGGUGACUCGUUGGAUAUUUCUCUCUUUGGCAGCACAUUCGUCAGUGCCGGAAUCGAUAGCUACGCGUUCGUUCCCUCGUCUGAGCCCUUGGCUUACGCCGAUUGGCCUACGCUAGGUGAUUUGAUUGACAGUGGAAAGAGACUCGUCGUGUUCCUGGAUUACGGCGCCGAUACCAGUACAGUAGACUACAUUCUCAACGAAUUUGCCUACUAUUUUGAAACACCCUACGAUGUCACAGACGCGACCUUCUCAAGCUGCAGUAUCGAUCGACCUGCCGGUGCCUCCGCCUCGGGGCGCAUGUACCUCGUCAACCACUACCUAGAUCUGGAUAUCUUUGGCAUUGAUAUUCCGGACCGCGACGCAGCGGCCACUACAAAUGCCGCGACUGGAGAAGGCAGUCUUGGUGCACAGGCGACAGAGUGUGAGGCGCUGUAUGGCCACGCGCCGAAUGUGAUGUUGGCGGACUUUGUAGAUAAAGGGGAAGUUAUUGAGGCGCAGAAUGAGUUGAAUGGCUUUAGCUCGUAA